UAUCCUUUGUUUUCGCCGCAACAAUGGAAAUUCUUUUGGCAUAUCUGUAUUCUACCCCUCGCACGGACCAUCUGGUGGCGUGUUCUACAUCACAAAAUCUCCUGUCAUGCCAAUUUACAUUGGAUUCUGCCCGACCGUUUCUCUUUUGAAUACAGAAUCUGCACAACCGCUCUCGAUACUCAAGAACAUUUCUACUAGACUGCCCCACUAAGUGGCACGUCUGGCAGAACUGUGUUCUUUUACCCAUACACCGCAUAAUGAUUUUUGAUGCUAUCUUCUUCUUGGUGAUACCUCAUUGGGGCCUUCAUCGGUCUUGGCUUUCUCCGAUUCAGCUCCUCACCGGCAUCCUGGUUGGUAUCUGGCGAGUACACUGGCUUUCUGUAUUUUCAAACGUUCCCUUCACCCCCACUAAUGUUAUUUCCUCUACACAUACUCUACUUCUUACUUUCUGCAAGGAAGAGUCUCUUUUAUCACCGCCUCCUGCUUGAUCUCUUUUGAUACCCC